AUGGUGACAUGUAAACAUCUGAUUACUGACGAUGGUGAUAUGUACAGUAUACAUCUAAUUACUGACGAUGGUGACGUGUACAGUAAACAUCUGAUUACUGACGAUGGUGACAUGUACAGUAUACAUCUGAUUACUGACGAUGGUGACGUGUACAGUAAACAUCUGAUUACUGACGAUGGUGUCGUGUACAGUAUACAUCUGAUUACUGACGAUGGUGACGUGUACAGUAAACAUCUGAUUACUGACGAUGGUGACAUGUCCAUUAUACAUCUGAAUACUGACGAUGGUGACGUGUACAGUAAGCAUCUGAUUACUGACGAUGGUGACAUGUACAGUAAACAUCUGAUUACUGACGAUGGUGACGUGUACAGUAUACAUCUGAUUACUGACGAUGGUGACAUGUACAGUUUACAUCUGAUUACAGACGAUGGUGACGUGUACAGUAAACGUCUGAUUACUGACGAUGGUGACGUGUACAGUAAACAUCUGAUUACUGACGAUGGUGACGUGUACAGUAUACAUCUGAUUACUGACGAUGGUUACGUGUACAGUAAACGUCUGAUUACUGACGAUGGUGACGUGUACAGUAAACAUCUGAUUACUGACGAUGGUGACGUGUACAGUAUACAUCUGAUUACUGACGAUGGUGACGUGUACAGUAAACAUCUGAUUACUGACGAUGGUGACGUGUACAGUAAACAUCUGAUUACUGACGAUGGUGACAUGUACAGUAUACAUCUGAUUACUGACGAUGGUGACAUGUACAGUAAACAUCUGAUUACUGACGAUGGUGACAUGUACAGUAAACAUAUGAUUACUGACGAUGGUGACAUGUACAGUAAACAUCUGAUUACUGACGUUGGUGACGUGUACAGUAAACAUCUGAUUACAGACGAUGGUGACGUGUACAGUAAAUAUCUAGUUACUGACGAUGGUGACAUGUACAGUAAACAUCUGAUUACUGACGAUGGUGACGUGUACAGUAAACAUCUAGUUACUGACGAUGGUGACGUGUACAGUAUACAUCUGAUUACUGACGAUGGUGACAUUUACAGUAAACAUCUGAUUACUGACGAUGGUGACGUGUACAGUAAACAUCUAGUUACUGACGAUGGUGACGUGUACAGCAUACAUUUGAUUACUGACGAUGGUGACAUUUACAGUAAACAUCUGAUUACUGACGAUGGUGACCUGUACAGUAAACAUCUGAUUACUGACGAUGGUGUGACAUGUACAGUAAACAUCUGA